GCUGCGAAAGUGCGAUAGUAUCGAAUAAACAUGAGUGUGUGCAUGAGUGUGGGAAUUUAUUAAACAAAAACGAAACGCGGACAAACUAUAUUUAUGUAAUAAACACUAAGCCGCAGCGCCAACGAGUAAUGAACAGUCCACGGCCAGGUCGUACUAUUCAGGCGAACGCACCUCGCAAUCGACUGCAAUCAAAGUGCAAUAGCUCAAUCAAUUGAUUCGUUUUGCUCAACCAAAAACAAAAUCUAUUCCCAAAUCGGUGCGAUAGUUGCCAAAAUAUAAAAACUACACUACGCUAAAAAAAAAACAAUACACUCACACACUGGCGUACAAGACAACAAAAGAGAAGAAGAAGAGCAGACGCCAGAUAUAAAAAGCCCCCAAAAGAAUUGGAAAUAAGACCAUACCCCUCCUUCUCCCUUGAAAAGGGACCUUAAAACUAGGCGACACCGAAUAAUUGAACUCAAGUAAAAAACCGGGAAAAGAGAAAAACACUUUCAACAAAAUAUCUAGAAGCCUUGUUAUCGAUUUUGUUCCGGGUUUUUUUUGUGUGAGUGUGUGUUGUGUGAAGCGCGCCCGCGGGUGUGUGGGUGAGUGUGCGUGUGGCUCUCGGCGCGUUAUCAAAAACAACAACAAUUCGUUGCAAAAGAAAAAAUAAAGUAGAGGAGGCGGAAGAAGAAGAGGAAUCUGCUCGCACCGCGGUCAAUCGCGGAUCGUGGUCGAUUUAUCGAAUUAAUCGCCCCGAACAAAAAAAACACCGUACAAGGACUUGCACUAUUUCCAAUGAUUUCGCUGCUGCAAAUGAAAUUCCGUGCGCUUUUGUUGUUGCUAUCAAAAGUAUGGACAUGCAUUUGUUUCAUGUUCAAUCGCCAAGUGCGAGCUUUUAUCCAGUAUCAACCGGUUAAAUACGAACUCUUCCCGUUGUCACCCGUCUCGCGGCACCGCCUGAGCCUGGUGCAGCGCAAGACCCUCGUUCUGGACCUGGACGAAACGCUAAUCCACUCCCAUCACAAUGCGAUGCCCCGGAAUACGGUGAAGCCGGGCACGCCGCACGAUUUCACUGUCAAAGUGACCAUCGAUCGGAAUCCAGUGCGCUUUUUCGUGCACAAGCGACCGCAUGUGGACUACUUCCUGGACGUGGUCUCGCAGUGGUACGAUCUGGUGGUCUUCACGGCCAGCAUGGAGAUUUACGGAGCGGCGGUGGCAGACAAGCUGGACAACGGACGAAACAUCCUCCGGAGGCGAUACUACAGACAGCACUGCACGCCCGACUACGGAUCCUACACCAAAGACCUGUCGGCCAUCUGCAGUGACCUAAAUAGGAUAUUUAUCAUCGACAAUUCGCCCGGCGCCUAUCGCUGUUUUCCCAACAACGCCAUACCCAUCAAGAGUUGGUUCUCGGACCCGAUGGACACGGCGCUGCUGUCGCUGCUGCCCAUGCUGGAUGCGCUGAGGUUCACGAACGACGUGAGAUCGGUGCUGUCGAGGAACUUGCACCUGCACCGCCUCUGGUAGCAGGUGGGCCGCCUGUCGCUAGUUUAGUUUAUCUAUUUAGAAGGAGCACUGAGGGCCAGCGAAGUGGGGAGAAUAUCUUCUGAAAUUAACAACAAACAAGGUGGUGCUGUGACACAUUAACGAAUUUGUUCAUUAUUAUUUAAAAUUUGUACCAUUCAGUCAAAUGAGCGGAGAUAAGAUGAGACAAACAGAUAAAGCAGAAAGUUGAGGAUAUAUUGGGAGAUUUGGAAGCGAUGGUUUAUUUCUCCUUUUGUGUAUAGACUAACAGUUUUUUUUUAACAAUCUAAUUAUGCAUACAUACUUGUCCAUAUAUGUAGAGACCAGCUAUUUUUAUUAGACAUUUUUUUCGCUUGUUUUUUUGGGUGUAUAUUUUGAUUAUAAUAUCAAAUAAAAACUCUUGAACACAGACAGUAUAUAGUAUAAAGUAUAUAUAUACAGUAUACAGUAUAUAUAUGAAUGUAAAGCUGAGCAGAAGGCGAAGCCACAACAUAAAGAACAAAUUUGUCAAGUUAUAUAUCAUAUUAUUGUAAUUUAAAUCUAAGGCCACUUACAACAACAGUCUUGUAAUUUCUAUACCAUGAUAACAAUUAACUAUUAUGACACUGGAGUUGUUUUUGUGCAGAUACGAACUAACAAGACGAAGCAAAAUACUUAUAGUUAUACAAAUUAGUUAAUUACGAAACUUAACUUGGACAUCAUUAUUAUGGAUAAUUAUUAAAUAUGUAACCGAUUCUGUAUAGACUUACGUACGUUCUGCCCUUGUUUCCUGUACAAAACUAAACGGAUGAAAGAUCUUCAAGAGUUUCAUUGCUUGCAAACCAAACAUAACACUUUUCUAUGGAUAAGAUUUUUGGGGAAGUUAUAUAUUUACGACUAAGCAACAACCCACAACUAUAAACUACUAUUAAAGUAAACAACAACCGAGGAGCAAGCAAGUAAGGCAAAAUUUAUAUUUUGUAAGGCGAGCCAAGUAGCGAAAAGAAUUAAAAAUCAAAUUAAUUCUGAUAGGAUCGGAUCAGAUCAGGUUAAUGAGCCGCAGACUGGGACAGAUAUAUAUAGGGAGUUUAGAGAGCCAAAUCACUAAUUAUACGAGAACCGAGUUAGUCUGAGAAUUGAGAAAUCGUGGCACAUCAUCCGAAGCAUCACAGGAUAUUCAGGAUAUUCCGGGCAGCAGCAGAGGAAUUAGGCGAGAGACAAAAAGAAACACGUGAAAACGGCUUCCAUAGUUAAUGUUAUUUCCAAAAGCAUAAAUACACCACUCUAAACUAAACAACAAAAGCUUGCACACGCCCUUACCCCUAACCCCACCCUUAUCCACUUGUUCUUUUGAUCGUAUUGUACAUUUAUAACAAUCAAUAUUUGUUUAUUUAUUGCAAGGAAAUCGAGAAAGAUACGUGUAUGCGAUGUUGUUAAUUUUAAGUAGUUGAUAGCAAAUUUGUUAAACUGAAGAGUAAUGAAAUAAAUAAGAAAGGGAAAGGGAAGGGAAAAUCAGAAAAAGAAUUACAAAAAUAAAACAAAAUCAUGCAAAAUC